AUGGCAAGAUGGGGAUUAUCACAAAGUCCUGAUGGCUCGUUUUGCCUUAAUCCUGAAUCACUCCUUCAUGUUGUCGCUGGUUGUCAACAGUACCUUGAUCGCUUUACCUGGAGAUACGACUCAAUCCUCAACUUCAUUGCCAAGUCACUUCAACCUGUAAUUAAUGCUCACUCUUCACUCUAUGCAGAUGUUAAUGGUUUUCUGAAUCCCUCAAUAAUAACUGGUGAAAAUUAUCGUCCAGAUCUUCUUUUCCUAAUCCAGUCAAAGUGCCUAUAUGUUCUAGAAUUAACAGUUGGUUUUGCGUCUAACCUUAACAACAAUGCGUUGCGUAAAAAAAGAAAAAUAUCUGAACUUGAUCAACGAAAUGAGUAG